AUGGGCAACCGCUUCGCGACACUGACAGACUACCACUCCCUGAUUCUCGGCCACGGCGUGAUCGCCGCGAUAACAUUUCUGUUCAUCAUACCCAUUGCCGUGCUACUCGCCCGGUUCUACACCCGCCAGCCGGGGAGCGCCGUUCGCUACCAUGCCUACCUCCAGGUUCUCGCUGUCGGCCUCAGCACCGUCGUGUUCGUCUUGGGCUUCUUUGCCGUCGGCCCGCCGCGCAAUUUGACGAAUCCCCACCAUGGCAUCGGCGUUGCUAUCUACGUGCUCAUCCUGCUCCAAGCCGUGGGUGGACGCCUGGUUCGGAAACUUGCCGGCCGCCACUCGUUCCGGCUGCACAUCCACCGCUGGUUUGGCCGGACAAUUGCGCUGCUGGGAAUCGCGCAGGUUCCGUUGGGUCUCACGCUAUACGGCUCGCCCAAGUCCCUGUUCAUCCUCUACGCUGUGUGGAUGGGCUUCCUGCUGCUGCUCUACUUCAUUCUGGACUACCGUGACCACGGGCGGCGAGAAUAUACCAGGGGACGCGAACCCAGUCGCGUCGGAGACGAAAGCAGCAGAGUGACGGCCAAGUCUGGCGGCGCAAUGAAGUGGCUCGGGCCGCUGGCUGCUGGCGGAGCCGCGUUGGCAUUCCUCCGCGGCCGCAAGAAGAAUCGGGACGCAGAAAGGGCCAUGAGUCGCACGCCGAGUCCCGUGGACCGCUCCCACCGUGCUACUGUCAUCUCUUCCCGCCGAGAAUCAGACAGUUACUACGACGAGAAACACCCAGCCCGGCAGCGCGCGAGUGGCGGAGGCUUCAUAAAUAAGAUUUUUGCAGCUGGAGCAGGGCUUGGCGCCGGCGCACUGGUCUCCAAGAUGAUGAACCGCGGAGAUAGAGGCCACGAUGAUGAGUACUCGGCCGUGGCGACUGAUACGCCAAGCCGCGUUCGCAGACACCCAGCUAGGAGCGAGUUCACCGAAAGCGAGUUCACAGAGAGGACGGAGGAUAUCAGUAGGUAUCCCGGCCGUCAUGAUGUCGAGUCCUCCAUCCUUCCGCCGCCUCGGCAACCCCCUGCCGGUGGCAGACCGCCCAUGACUCCGCGACGCUCGCAUGCUGGAACUUCGAGGCUUGAUAGCACGGUUGAGGGUUCCGACUAUUCAUCAUACGUGAGUCCCUCGCGGAGGAUUCCUGAGCGGCGGAAGAGUGGGGGUGUCGGAAAGGGCCUGCUUGCUGGGAUGGGGUUGGGAUUCCUAGCCAAGAUGGGUAAGGACAAGCGGGACCGGAGAGAAGAGGAACGGCUGAGGGAUGAGGAGGACUGGCGUAGGGAGGAGGAGGAGGAGAGACGGGCCGGCCGUCGGAACUCGAGGUACACUGGCGAUGGCUACCCAAGCCCGGCGCGACCUCCACCAUCGGGAGUCACCAUGACUGAGACAUCGGUCAUGUCCGAGGAGUCCUCAAUUGAGCCGCGCGGCAACACGCCGUAUGAUCCGGCACCCCCAGGGGUCCGCCCACCUCCGCCGGCUCCUGCUCCGGCUCCGGCUCCAACCGCACCUCCUCUGCCAACGGCUUAUGGUGGCGGCGCACCGCCAGUCGCGCCAUCAGGCCAGCAGUCACGAUAUGACGUGAUUGAACCAGUGUCAAUGCCGCCAAUGCCCUCAGAUCCUCACGGAAUCUUUCACCACUCGUCGGACGGCAGCGAGGCUUACAACUCCCGGAGACGAGACGUCGACGCAGCCGCCGCGGCAGCGGCAGCCUCGGCCAGCGCCCUCGCCCUAGCCGAGGAUGAAGACCGCCGCCGGCGAGGCGAGCAGCAGCGCUCGCGCGACCCGACGCCGCAUUCACACUCGCAAGCAGCGCCCAUCAGCGUGCACGUGCGCGUCCGCGACGAACCGGGCCACCCCAUCACGCUGCGCAAGCUCACCGAGGACGAGGCCCGCCGCGAGCACCACCGCCGCAGGCAGCGCAACGACUCCAUCAGCAGCCACUCGGGCAACGAGACGCCCACCAGCCGCCGCUACCGCCGCGACUCGUCCAGCCGCGUCGAAGCUGAGAAUGAAGCGCUUGCGCCGCUGUCGCCGCCGAAUCCGGCGUUUGCCAGGCGCGCCGGCGGCGGUGCUGGCGGCGUUGGCGGGAAGGACUCGGCGUAUUACUCGGGGGGUGCCGGCGCGGCUGGACAGGGACAGCCUGGGCCGUCGGGCGCGGUGCCUGCUGCCGGAGCGACCAUGUCGAGUUUGGGGACGAGCGGGCUGUUGAGUCCCGGCGGGAGCCACGCCACGUUUACGAGUGGUCCGCUGACGGACGCGGCGGCGGCGGAUCGUAGGCGGAGGAGGAGGUUGGAGCGGAGAGACGCGAGUCGCCAGGCGACGACGGUGGAUUUUUCGUGA